AAUUUCCAUUAUUUUUAUUUCUUUUUUUUAUUAUUUCGUGAAGUGAAAAUUUGUAGUUUUUAAAAUAAAUUUUCGUUUUCAUCAAGUCAAAUUCUGAAUUAAUUUCAAAGUGAUAUGAAAUGAUUUUCAAUCAGUGUUCACAACCUUAAAAUUUUUGUCAACUCCAAAUUUAUUAGAGGAAAGUUGAAAAAUUAAAUUAUAUUUGCACGAUGACUUUAAAUAAGGAUUUCUCGUGUGUUGGAGGACUUGAUAAACAUAUUCGAAUUGUCAAAGAAAUGGUUCUUUUUCCUCUAAUGUAUGGUGAAGUUUACGCUAAAUUUAAUCUACGACCUCCACGUGGUUUAUUAUUCUACGGUCCACCUGGUACAGGAAAAACUUUAGUUGCUGGAGCAUUGGCCGUUGAAUGCAGUAAUUCAGAAAGAAAAGUGUCAUUUAUAUCCAGAAAGGGUUCCGAUUGUCUAAGUAAAUGGGUUGGCGAAAGCGAAAAAAAAUUGCAGAAAAUAUUUCUAAUGGCGCAGCAGUCGAAACCGUGCAUAAUAUUUUUCGAUGAAGUGGACGGCUUGGCACCGAUAAGAUCAAAUCGUCAAGAUUUUGUUCACGCCAGUAUUGUCUCGACAUUAUUGGCCUUAAUGGACGGUUUAGACAGUAAUUCGGAAAUUAUUGUAAUUGGAGCAACAAAUCGACUGGAUGCAAUUGAUCCGGCCCUUCGAAGGCCCGGCAGAUUUGAUCGAGAAUUGUAUUUUUCACUUCCAUGUUACAACGCAAGGAAGGAUAUAUUGGCGAUCCAUGUGAAAAAUUGGAAGCAGAAACCACCACAAAAAUUUUUUGCUUAUUUGGCCUCUAAAACAAUUGGUUAUUGCGGCAGUGAUCUACAGGCGCUAUGUGCUGAAGCUGUUAUGUGUUGCGUUAGGAGAAAUUAUCCGCAGAUUUAUACAUCAAAAUCAAAAUACCAUAUUAAUGAAAGAUCACUAAAGGUGGAAAAGCAAGAUUUUUUGAAAGCCCAACAAAAUAUUGUUCCGGCGUCGCAUCGAAUUGCAGUUGCACCAGUAAAAUCGCUGUCUGGCAGAAUUCAACCGUUAUUGCAAGACUCUUUUUCUGUUAUUAUGUCGAGGCUCGAGAUCCUUUGUCCAACAGGAAUGCUUACCUCUGAUAAUAUAACAGGAAAAGCUACUUCGAGGUCCUCCAGUUGUUCAAGAAUUUUAUUAUGCGGCGAGGACAGCAGUCACACUCGACAUUUGGGGCCAGCUCUUCUGCACACAUUGGAACACUUGCCGUGUCACAUAUUGGACGUAACGACACUCUUCGAGGAAACUGGACGUGCGGUUGAGGAAGCAAUAAUUCAAAAAGUUAAAACAGCACGUCACACAUUACCCUCUUUAUUGUAUGUUCCCGAUAUAAUGUCCUGGUGGGAUUUAGUGGACGAAGCAGCUAGAGUUGUUUUCACUUCUCUCAUGCGUGGAUUAGAUCGUUCUGUGCAUAUGUUAAUUGUCACAACGGCUUCUUGCUCACACUCUAAUCUCCCUUCUGAGAUUACGACUCUAUUUGACGAGCAUCAAGGAGAAGUUUAUGAGCUUAGGCCACCGACACAUUCUGAGAGGCAGUCGUACUUCCGUCAACUUUUCAUGAAAGCAAAUUCUACCAAUGAUGAUCUCUCCUACAGAUCAUCCGCAGAAAUUGUGAGUGUUGCACCGAGAAGAAAAAUAAAAACUGAGGCGAGAGGAAGAGGAAAAUUGAAUACAGUACGCUCGGACAAUGGAAUUAGCGAAAUCAAACCAAAAAUUAACGUGAAAAGAGAGCACAGCGCGUCUGGUGAAGGCUCAACGUCAAAACGUCAAAAAGUCCACGGGAACAUUGCAAAAAAUCAUGGACUGGAUAAAUUGACUGAAGAACAAAUUCACAAUCUUAUGCAGAGAGUAAUUCAACUGACGGAGAAUUGGACAAGUCAAGAGCUUGAGAGUCUUUAUGCUUCUCUUGCACUUUUAAUUGAGAAUUCCCAAGACGACAUUUACUUGUAUGUCAAUGAGUGUCUAACGCAUUUUCAAGAGGGAAAAAAUUCAUCCGAUUCAGAGAAAGCACUCGUGAAAUCAUGUUAGAAGGAAAAAUUAAAAGUUGUUUAAUAAAUGAUGAUUGAGGAAAGUU